ACUUUUUGUAAUUACAAACCGCUCGAAUAGUAUCUCCACGAGUUGUCUCAACACCCAAGCUUCCCCAUCAGGGGGAGGUACCUUCUCCUUUCUUUCUUCUACUUUUCCACCACAAAACCCCCCAAAAGGAAAGCUCUUAUCAUCAACAUGCUGGAUUUUAACUCUCACUUUCAUCUCUCAAUGGACUGGGAUUGGUUGUUUGAGUUCCUAAAAGGCAUGGUGAAGCCAGCGGCUGCCCUUACCGUCGUCCUCUUAGCCGUGCUCUUGUCUUUCAUGCAAAACCUGGGCUUGGAAAAAGAGAUGAUUUAUUCCAUUUUCAGAGCUUUUCUUCAGCUUUCUAUUAUUGGGUUUGUUCUUCAGUUCAUAUUUAACCAGGACAACAGUGGCUGGAUCGUUCUUGCCUACCUUUUCAUGGUUUCAGUUGCUGGAUAUACAGCAGGGCAACGUGCCAAACAUGUUCCCCGUGGGAAGUAUGUUGCUGGAGUAUCUAUCCUGGCUGGCACAACACUCACCAUGUUUGUUCUUGUUGUACUCAAUGUUUUCCCUUUCACUCCGAGAUACAUUAUCCCCGUCGCCGGUAUGAUGGUCGGAAAUGCUAUGACAGUAACCGGAGUCACCAUGAAAAGGCUUCGAGAUGAUAUCAAGUUACAAAUGAGCCUUGUGGAGACUGCUUUGGCACUCGGGGCAACUCCACGUCAAGCGACACUAGAACAAGUGAAAAGGGCUCUGGUGAUUUCGCUCUCUCCGGUGUUGGACAAUGCCAAAACGGUGGGUCUUAUCUCACUUCCAGGGGCAAUGACGGGCCUCAUAAUGGGAGGCGCUUCGCCAUUAGAGGCAAUUCAACUGCAGAUUGUUGUGAUGAACAUGCUAAUUGGUGCCUCUACAGUUAGCAGCAUCAUGUCAACUUACCUCUGUUGGCCUGCUUUCUUCACUAAAGCAUACCAGUUGGAGACAAAAGUUUUCUCUUCAGAUUGAUGAGUUUCGAUUUUCAAUAAUUCUCACUUCUCUUUUGCUAUGAGAAGUUGUAAAAUAUAUGUAACCUACAUGUUUUUCUUCUUUGAUAUGAUUAAAUUUCGGAAGCACCAGCUUUUGUUACAA